AUCACCCGACAAGCGUCUCAUCCAUCCCAUUUCCCUGCGAAACGAGCUGUGCGACAAUCGAUUCCCCUCUUGUCGAAACCAUGCCCUCUCCAUUAUCGACAUUCUCCCCCCCUCAGCUCUACACAGCCUGCCGUCAGCGCACGCCAUCAAACAGACCCUGCAAGAUCCGCUGAAUCUCGACCUCGCGUCGCCCGAUGUUGCCGGUGUAUCCCCCCUCUGCGCACGAGUCCUGCCUGGCAAGGCGACGAUGACGACGACGACUGGCUUCUUUCAGACGACGAGAAGGACGAUCGCGAGCGCGUCGAUUCUAUCCGCCCGCGCUGCGACUCCAGAGAGUCCGUCGCUAUGUUCCGUGGAAACGGGCCAGACACUCUCACCGCUAGCAAAGGACGCAAGCGGAUGUGCACGGAGCCUAGCCCCGUUCCCGUGAAGCGCAAGAGGGUCUUCAAGAGGUGCAAUGCCAUGAGGAAUAUACGGUUCGAUGGGGACAACUGGGGCAGCCACGACAAUGGUGGUUCGGAUGCAUUGGACGAGUUUAACUGCAUAGAGGGUAGCACUCCAAUCCCUACCUAUAAGGAGGACGGCCUGACUACUUGGAUGGUGCCUAAUCGCCCGAUGGCUCGGCUGCCGACCAGGGCUCGAGACACGAGCAUUGUCGACCUCAUCGCGGCCGAAGAGGAGGCCGCCAAAAGCCUAAACUUGAUCGGCCCCUCGGCCUUUGGGGGCGUGAGGCUCCAUCAACGGUUCGAGGUGUCGAUCAGGAUGAAGACCAAACACAUCGUGAUGUGGGAUGUGGACUUGAACCAGACGUACGCUCUUGAAGGCCUGCUCUACGUCAAGGACGCGAAAGCUCAAACUACCGACUUUCCUCUGUCGUCCGUCGACUCCAUAUCCAUCGACUGGCACACCGUCGAUUCCUGCCAACGCGUCCCCAGCAUGGCGGACGACACCAUCUACGCGACGUCCUUCCGUGGGGGCGUGGCACCCCUGCUGGGGCGCCCUGAAGACGUCUCUUGGGAGUGGAUCGCGCCGAGUGUCCCCGGCACUGGUCUCGGUGGUGGCUGGGCGCUGCGGUUCUGGGUGCCGGUCCCUAUGUGGAUCUUCAAGGGGCGGGAUGUAGCGCGCUCGCUCGUCAGUGCGAGCGUCGUCUUCCGCGACGGAGACGACAACGACACGUUCACCGCCGAUGCAGGCACUGUGGAUGUGACGAUCGAGCAUCGCAUGUGCGCGCGGGAUAUGAACGUCUCUGGGUGAUCGUGACGCUCCCGUGACGACCGGAAUUGGAACAAUCGUGGUUUGGGGUUUCGUAAUGCCGCAAAAGCAAUCAAUCGUCUAUGUUGUCCCGCCUGUUAUCGUUUAAUGCUACCUCCUUGCAUCGCUGUGUACAUCGCUCUCAUCUUGUGUCUGCUCUAUGUAGUGCCUAGUCUAAUCAUCACCCUUCCCAUAGAAAUCUGUAUAUACCUGACGAUAUUCCGAAGACCAGCAAUUCUACCGUCGAACGAUUCCCCAAUGUGUAACUUAGCAUAUAGGAAUACGAACGGUUACUGAUACUAUUGUUGCGAGAGAUCUGCAUGGGUUUGGCGACGACUAUGUGUUAUAUAGAUGCUCGACGUUGAUGAAAAAGGAUCUUGAAUGUAUGAACGACCAACAAGCCCCG